GGGACAUGACAGACAUGGAGCCUCCAUCUCCAUCUCCAAUCUCCAUCCUCCAUCGAUGCCCGCCACUCGCUCCAGGGGCCUUUCUCCUUCCAUUCAUAUGGAAAUUCGCAGCAUAUAUUGCGCUCUCCAAACUUUUCGGAAUCCUCUCCCAAUCCAUCCAUUCCUUACAAUCUCCGCCAAUCUUUUCUUCCUCUCCCCUCCACCCGCCGCAGGCGCUUCUGCUCAUUGUUCCACAGAAUGAUGAUGGACAGUGUUCCGUUGGAGACUGCGGUUUCCGAUUCCGGCUCCGAGGAUAGAUCGUCGCCGACCGCCGAUUCGCUUAGAGAAAAAGAGGGCCGAACCGACGACAGCAAUGUCCGGAGCACCAGCGUGAAAUGCAACGUCGAAAAUGGCGAUAAGGUUGAGUAUUACGGUUGGGUUUAUCAUUUGGGAACCAAUCCGAUCGGCCACGAGUUCUGCCACUAUCGCUUCCUCUUCAUCCGCGGCUGUUAUAUGGAGAUGUAUAAGCGCGAUCUACAUGAGAACCCAGGCAUUAAACCCAUCCGGAAAGGUGUCAUAGGGGAUACACUUAUGGUGGAGGAUUUAGGUUGUCGGGAGGUUAGCCACAAUGAAGUGUAUGUGCUGAGGUUUUACAAUCGAUUGGAUCAAGCUAAAAGGGGCGAAAUUGCUUGUGCUACAGCUUAUGAUGCUAAAAAAUGGAAGGAGGCAUUUGAUCAUGCUAAGCAACAGGGACAACAAGAGAUCUCAAAAGGUGGAAGUGUAAGAGACAAGUUGACUAUGGAGGAUGAAAUAAAUCUAGAGGGGCCUCGGGCUGGAGUACGAAAAUAUGCUCAUGGAUUGAGAUGGCUAGUAAGGAGAAAAUCAGGAGACCUAGGCUCACUUUCACGCAAAGCCUUGAACCUACAUAGUGAUAGUAGACUCGAUAUGCUUUUUGAUACGGAUACUGGAGAUGUGGUUGAUGGGCAUGAAUGGAAAUGUGUACGUACUAUCAAUGGUGUGAGAAUAUUUGAAGAUGUAGCUGCCUCCAAGGGUGGCAAAGGUGUCCUAGUCAAAGCUGUUGGAGUUGUUGAUGCAAGUGCAGAUACGGUGUUUGAAGUUUUGUUGAGUUCAGAUCGGCUUAAAAGAUAUGAGUGGGAUACAUUGACUGGUGACAUUGAGUUGGUUGAUUCUGUGAACGGACACUAUGAUGUAGUGUAUGGGACAUUUGAUCCGCGUUAUCUAACAUGGAGACACUCAAAAAGGGACUUUGUCUUUUCUAGACGAUGGUUUCGUGAUCAAGAAGGGACUUAUACAAUUCUACAGUUUCCAUCUGUACACAAGAAGCGGCCUUCAAGAUCUGGAUAUAAGCGGACAAAAAUCAAUCCCACAACUUGGGAGAUCAGAAAGUUAAGCUCCCAAGCAUCAUCAAGUAAUCCUCGAUGUCUCGUGACACAAACUCUGGAGAUAAACCCCAGAGGCUGGCUUAAAUGGAGGAAUAACCACUGCCCAAAGUUUGAACGGACUGUUCCAUAUGCAUUGUUGAGUCAAGUAGCAGGUUUAAAGGAAUACAUUGAAGCAAAUCCUGCAAUAACAUCGGAUUUUCCUGGCACAAAAAUUGUCGAUUCAGAAGAUCUUUCUCAAACCAGUAGAGAACUUGAGAGUGCUGAGAAAACAGAUGAGUUUUAUGAUGCAACUGCUGAUGCCGAGUCAUCUUCAGAUUCUGAGGACAGUGAAAGUGACUCAGAAGCCACUGAGGAAACAAAUCUGCUGAAGAGUGGUCCGCAGUCCGUAUCAUGUUUUUCACUCAUUCAAAGCUCAGAAUCAAGUGAUGAGCUGGACUCAAAUGUACCUUCUAUCAAUCUAGAACCAAGUGAGUUUCCUGGGACCAUGAGAAGAGCUGUGGACGAAGAUGAUAAAAAUUGCUGGAUUUCCCCAAGUGGUUCUGGAUUCAUGAUCAGAGGAAAGACAUACUUGAAAGACAGUACUAAGAUAAAAGGUGGACAGCCACUUCUCAAACUCAUAGCAGUGGACUGGUUCAAGGUGGAAGGCUGUUUAUCAAAUGCUGCGUUGCAUCCAAGAAGCCUUGUUCAGAGUGAGCAGGGGAAAAAGCUCCCGUUUAUUCUGGUUGUAAAUCUUCAGAUCCCAUCGAAGCCGAACUAUAGUCUGGUUAUGUAUCAUGCUGCAGACAGGCCCGUAAGAGAGGAUUCACUGUUGGGUAAAUUUAUUGAUGGUACCGAUGCGCAUAGGGACUCUAGGUUCAAACUUAUUCCAAGCAUCAUUGAGGGAUACUGGAUGGUAAAGCGCGCAGUCGGAACAAAAGCUUGCAUGCUAGGAAAGGCUAUAAAUUGUAAAUACCUCAGGCAAGACAAUUUUCUGGAGAUUGACGUGGACAUUGGCUCAUCUUCAGUAGCGAAGAGUGUGAUCGGGCUUGUCCUAGGCUACGUAACCAGCAUUGUUGUUGAUCUUGCAAUGGUUAUAGAGGGAAAAGAAGAAUCUGAACUCCCGGAAUACAUCCUUGGAACCAUCAGACUAAAUCGCGUGCAGCUCGACACUGCUGAAUCAAUAUGAUUCGAUCAAUACUCGAUUUGCCCGAAGCACUAGGUACAUUAUUUCAAUUUCUGACUUGUUGUGACAAUUAUUAUGGAUUAGUUUUGAUUUAUCCAUAAUAUGUUACAAAAAUUUUGUAUUGAAAAGAUGUCUGGGGGCAACAUUCUGCUGCUCACCUCAGCUCAAGCCUGAUUUGUAAUGUUUUGUUCUCUAUCUUGUCAUAUGUUUGUUAA